AUGUCUUCAAACGAGUUAUGUGAUAACGAAUACGAAUUACCUUCAGAGAGCACUUUGGUCGCCAGUAUAAAUUCUAACCACAAUAAGAGUCGUGAAAGGUCAAAAUCGAUAAUAGUAAUUGAUAGUGACGACUCUGACGACUGUGAAAAAAAUUUUCAGUCUGAAGCAUUGUUUACUCCUAAAAAUGUCGAGUCGCCAUUUCUGUGCUCAAUUUGUGGAGACGACCUCUCAUUGUAUAGCUCCGUAAUACGUGAAUGGCAUUUGAAUAAUUGUCUCGACAUUCUCGAGGAUAAAACUGAUGACGCGGUCACUGAGUCCAAAAAAAUGAAAACUACCUCUGCGGUGAAAAAUUAUAUCGACAAUUUAAUGAAAGAUAUAGCAAAGUCGUACAUG